ACCGGAAGUUGGAACAUGAAACUAGACAAAAAUGCAACCCUAUUCAAUAUUAGUAAAUAUGGACGUAUAUUGAUAAAAAUGGAAAUUUUAGAAGCAAUAAAUCUAAUAUAUAAUAAAUUAGAUGUGUAAGUAAAAGUGCUGUCCAAAUAAUUAAUGUCUGUUUGACCCGCAAACCUAUAUACUAGUUAGGCUUAGUUGUGGCGCCGAAAAAAAGAAUGGAAUACUAUUUUUGCUACGAGGAAAGAGGAUAAAAGUUAAUUUAUCAACAUGGUUUUAGAUUUUGAUGUGAAAACAUUUUGCCAAAAUUUGAGGGCUACAAAGCCUCCUUAUGAAUGUCCAGUUAAAGGGUGUGGAAGAAUUUAUAAAAGUUUUUGUGGUAUUCAAUUUCAUCUUUAUAAUUAUGAUCAUGACAAUCCCACAAACAAUAAUACCAAUCAUAAUAAUAACAACAACAAUAAUAAUAAUAAUACCCCAAAUAGUAAUUCUAAUAACAAUAAUGGUUCAAAUGUUCCGAAGUGUGGUCGUAAGAAAGGACGAUGGCAUCAUCGCCAAAAUCGAAGAUCGCCUUCACCUCCAGAAUUUAUGAAGAAUGCAAGAGAAGGACUUACGUAUGCUGAAGCUCAAAGAAUGGUGGAAGUAGAUCUGGAUGGUCGCAUACAUAGAAUUAAUAUUUGUGAACCGUUAGAUGUAGUAAUGUUGGAAUCCUCGGAAUGUGAAGUGAAAAAUUUUGAUAAAAUUGAAGAAAAAGCAGAUAAACCACCUCAAAAGAGUAGUAAACAUUCUGAACAUUCAAAAAAUCGAAAAGAUGGAAGUGGAAAUAUUUUAAAACUGCCUGAAGCUUCAUUUAGAAUAAUUUCGGAUUAUAAUCCUCCUGAUGCUCCACCUAGACCAACAUCUUAUUAUAGGUUUAUUGAAAAAUCUGUAGAAGAGUUAGAUGAAGAAGUGGAAUAUGAUAUGGAUGAAGAGGAUUGUGCAUGGUUAGAUAUAAUUAAUGACAAAAGGAGGUCUGAUAAUACCCCUGAAGUUCCAGCAGAUGUAUUUGAACUUUUAAUGGAUAGAUUGGAAAAAGAAUCUUAUUUUCAAAGUCAAACAACAGGAAAAGAUCCAAAUCCAUCCAUUGACGAAGAUGCAGUAUGUUGUAUAUGUAAUGAUGGGGAGUGUCAGAAUUCUAAUGCCAUUUUAUUUUGUGAUAUGUGUAAUUUAGCUGUUCAUCAGGAAUGUUAUGGUGUCCCAUAUAUUCCUGAGGGACAAUGGCUUUGUCGUCGUUGUCUACAGUCUCCAUCACGUGCUGUUGAUUGUGUUCUUUGUCCUAAUAAAGGGGGAGCAUUUAAACAAACAGAUGAUGGUCGAUGGGCUCAUGUGGUGUGUGCCUUCUGGAUACCUGAAGUGUGUUUUGCCAACACUGUUUUUUUAGAACCUAUAGAUAGUAUAGAAAACAUUCCACCUGCACGCUGGAAAUUAACAUGUUAUAUCUGCAAACAAAGAAGUGUAGGAGCUUGUAUUCAGUGCCAUAAAGCAAAUUGUUAUACAGCAUUCCAUGUAACAUGUGCCCAACAAGCAGGUCUUUAUAUGAAAAUGGAAGCCGUAAGAGAAAAUGGUAAUAAUGGUAAUUCAUAUGUAAGGAAAACUGCAUACUGUGAUGUUCAUACUCCAGCUGAUUCUGAUAUGCAAAUUGAUGAUGAAGGUGAUGGAAAAACAGAUAAUGUAAAGAAAGCUAAAGCUAAAGCAAAGUCUAGAGAAAAAAUGCGCAAAGCUCGAAAAAUACUAGCAGAGAAAAGAUCAGCUGUUCCUGUUGUAUCUAUUCCAACAAUUCCUCCAGAUAGGUUAACUAAAAUUGCUUCAUUAGUUUCUAUGAACAAAAAACAUCAAUUUCUCCAACGACUUCUUGGGUAUUGGACAUUAAAAAGACAAACUCGAAAUGGUGUACCUUUGUUAAGAAGAUUGCAAACAUCUCAUUUGACAAGGAGGGAACAGCUUCCUUCAGAUUUGAAAUUGAAAGAUGGUGAUAAGGCAUCUAGUACUCUUGGUGAGCAACUGAAAUAUUGGCAAAGGUUACGUCAAGAUUUGGAAAGAGCAAGACUUCUUAUAGAGCUUAUAAGGAAACGGGAGAAAUUAAAAAAAGAAUAUAUAAAAGCACAUCAAAUAACAACAGAAAUGGAAUUACAGCCUUUCGUUAUAUUUUUGAAAAAUGUUCUUGAUCAACUGCAAGAAAAAGAUUCGGGAAAUAUAUUUGCACAACCAGUUGAUCUCAAAGAGGUUCCUGAUUAUUUAGAUUAUAUUAAACAACCUAUGGAUUUUUCAACAAUGAGACAAAAAUUAAAAUCACACAAAUAUUUUACAUUAGAAGAUUUUGAAGCAGAUUUUCAGUUAAUUAUUAGUAAUUGUAUGACUUACAAUGCAAAAGAUACUGUAUUUUAUAGAGCAGCUUUGAAGAUGAAAGAUCAGGGAAAUUUAAUUCUGGGGCAAGCACGUAAGCAAAUAGAACGGGUGCAAUACGAUCUGACGGGUGGCAUUCAUAUUGAACUCCCACCUGAUGAAAACAAUGAUUUCAGCAGUAUUCAGGAAGAAAUUAAGAAAUUUGAAAAUCAAUCAUCAGUCACUGAUAUUCGUUCAAAAAAUUGCCAAAAUCAACAAACGGAAUCAUCUCGUACUCGAAGUAAACAGAAACAAGCGCCUGUAGAAACAGUUAAGUGUAGUCAAAGGUUAGCCAAAAAAUCAAUUAGGAAAACAAAAAAAAAAUAUGGAACAAUUACUAAAUGCAGAGGGAAAAAAUUAAUAGUAAGUUCUUCUGAAUCAGAUACUGAACACGAAGCGAAUAAAAGAAGUAAAAUAAAAGGAAAAGAUAAAGGACAAAAAAUGAAAUCUAAAUGUGACUUAAUACAAAAUAAAGUGCAUGAUAUUUCAAAAGAUGAAGGAAUACAAGGAAGAUCCAGAGGAAGGAAAGGAACAUUGAUGACUCCUGUUACACAGCUGUCCUCUGAUGAUUCAGAAGAUGAAAGCUUGUCGUCUUCAACUUCCUCAUCUUCCUCAUCUGCCUCCUCAUCCUCGAAUUCAUCAUCAUCAUCUGCAUCAUCAUCUACAGAUUCUUCUCCUGUGCCUUCCCCACCUGCAGUAUUAUCACAUUCCAGAGGACAGAGAACUGCAUCAAAAUUAUCAAGAUCUCAGACAGCUGGAAAGACUCCAAAGUUGACAUCAUCACUUGUUACAAAUUCCCGUCCUUCAAAACGUCUUGAAUCUCCUCCUCCAUUACCAUUAGCAAAAUCACCUAAAACUACAAAGAAUGUUAAUUCAUUACCUCCUCCAACACUCACCAGUGCCUCUGCAAUCACAACGUUAAAAUCUUCUAAAGGAAUAGGACCUUCUGCAAUUUCUACUGCAAAAACUUCAAAAAGUUCAUCUCCACCUGUUUUAAAACCACAAGUUCCUCUACCUACUACAAAGGACCAAGAAUUAGCCGUAGUUUCCAGAGCAGCUAAGGUACAAAGGCAAACUGGUGCCGAUGUAUCUGAAGAUGCAGAUAAUGCAGAUAAGGAGCGAGUAACGGGCAGUCGAACGAGGCGCUGUGCCUCGAAUAGGCAACAGAAGGAAAAAGAAAAAGAGUUGAAAGAGAGAGAAUUUGAAAAAGAAAGUAGGAGUAAGACAUCUCGUGCUCAGAAGAGGUCAAGAUCUGAAAGUGAUGUUUCUCUUCCCCCCAAGAAAGUGGCUGGUGGACUUAAUGCUGCACCUCCCUCAGUGAAGUCCCUCUCUGUGGCACCAGAAGCCAGCAUAACUGGCAGUGGUUCCCCGGAGAACAACGUUGCAUUGACAAACAACACCAAUGGCGAUACAGCUACUGCAGCCACGGCAGUUGGUGGAGUUAAUCGCAGGACUGCAGUUCUCUUUAAGAAAAAAUCUGCUAAUGAGGCAAAGAAGCCGGCCACUCCAGUUUCACUUCCAAAACGUACAGGUGGAAGACCAAGAAAAAGCGUUGAAGGAUCUCCUUCUACACUUCCUUCUUCUUUUGCCUCAUUUGCCAAUGACGGUGAUCUUUCUACUUCAACUGGCAAUGUAUUUACAGCAAUAGCAACAGCAUCACUUGUUUCUUCAACAAAGGAACGAACUUAUGCUAUUUCCUCAGGCACAAAGAAACGUUGCAGAUCAACAAGUUUGAGUGGAUUAGCAGAGCCCACAUCUCCUAAACAAAAGCAAAGUCCUUCAACAACAGUAGCCCCACUCUCUUCUCUUGAUAAUUUUCCUACCUCACCUAUACCAGAAAAGGAAAGCUUCAAGAUAUAUAGGUCUAAUACUCAAGAUCAAGCAAGUGAUACAGAUCAAAACACAGAAACAAGCAGCACCAGAAGCAGUACUUCUACUAGUAGCAUGUCAUCAGAUAGUGAAUCAGGGAGUGAAAGUGAUGGAGAUGAACAGUCUGGUACAGGCGAACGACGGCGUCAAAGAGGGAAUCGUGGAAAGUCAUCAUCUGGAUGGAGUGUUCAACAGCAACAACUCAUACCACUUCAACCAUUAGAUUUAGUUUGGGCUAAAUGCAGAGGAUAUCCAUGGUAUCCUGCAUUAAUAAUUAAUCCUGAUAUGCCAAAGACGGGCUAUUUUCAUAACGGAGUACCGAUACCAGUCCCACCAAAUGAUGUUUUAGCUCUUCAGAAAAAUUAUGAAGAACAAGUUUAUCUUGUCCUUUUCUUUGACACUAAAAGAACAUG